AUGUCUAAACAUAUCAACUACAAAUUCGCAGCAGCCACAAUAACAUUGUUUGCUCUGGCCUUGAUGGUGGGCAUUGGAUCCGCCACCUCCACGACAAGUACAUCUGGAUCAUCAACUACAAAAGACACAACAAUAACAAAUAGUUAUAUUGGAUGUUGUGUUGGUGUGGAGAGCAAUUGUACUUACGAUAUCCAAUACAAUGUUGCUGAGCAAGUGAACUAUAUCUGUUACAAUCAAUCUGGAAAUCUGUUAUUGAACGAUGGUGGCAGGAUAUCAGUAUGCUCGGAUUGCAAGAGUCAACUUCUAAACAAUGAAUAUAUUAGCAAUGGUUACUCCUCUAUCACCUACACCAGUGGCUCAUCCAACUCUUAUACAUAUACCUACACCAGUUACACACCUUCACCAGAUAACGACGACAACAACAAUAACGAUAACAAUGGCGGUGCUGUAGCUUUAUACUCAAUAUUUAUACCAGUCGUAAUCAUCAUUCUCAUUAUCUUGAUAUGUACAUGCAAGGCCUCCAGUCAAACAAACAAGAAACUGGCCAAAGCACGAGAUGAGGAGGCUGCCGCUCAUGCUCAUUGCAUUGCUGGACCUUCAUUUGUUCCAAGUCCAGUGGUGGCAGAUCCACCAGCCAACAACCAAUACCAGGCAAUGCCACCUGCUACGAGAACAUCUCGUACGAAUCCACCCCGUACGAAUCCACCCGAACCAUCUGUAGUCUACUACACAUCCUAUCCAUCUCCCCAGUUGCUAAAGAUACCUCUAGACAAGAACUGA